GGAAGUGGCGUGCGGAAGUCCGGUGGGCAUGCCGGAGACGUGUCUUACUGGGACCAUUGGAGUCGCUUCCCCGGUGUAGGGAUCAGGAAGGCUGUGUCUAGUCCUCCUGAACUUCGUGAGCCCAGCAGAGCAGCGUGGGGCGGCGGCGACGGCGGCGGUCCGGCCUGGGAUCGGGGGCCACCGGGAGCCCAGCCAUGGCCGAGUCGGUGGAGCGGCUGCUGCAGCGGGUUGAGGAGCUGGAGCAGGAACUCGCCCGGGAGAGAAGCCGGCGGAUUGCGGGGGACGGCCACUGCGGCCGGACCCGCAUCCAGAAGAUGAGCGACGAGGUGGUGGAUUCCAAUCCCUACAGCCGUCUGAUGGCAUUGAAACGGAUGGGAGUUGUCAGUGACUAUGAGAAAAUCCGUACCUAUGCUGUAGCAAUAGUAGGUGUUGGUGGAGUUGGUAGUGUGACUGCUGAAAUGCUGACAAGAUGUGGCAUUGGUAAGUUGCUACUCUUUGACUAUGACAAGGUGGAGCUGGCCAACAUGAAUCGACUUUUCUUCCAGCCGUAUCAAGCAGGGAUGAGUAAGGUCCAAGCAGCAGAGCACACCCUGAGGAGCAUUAACCCUGAUGUUCUGUUUGAAGUUCACAACUAUAAUAUCACCACCGUGGAACACUUCGAACAUUUCAUGAAUAGAAUAAGUAAUGGGGGAUUAGAAGAAGGACAACCUGUUGACCUAGUUCUUAGCUGUGUGGACAACUUUGAAGCUCGAAUGGCAAUAAAUACAGCUUGUAAUGAACUUGGUCAGACAUGGAUGGAAUCUGGGGUCAGUGAAAACGCAGUUUCCGGGCACAUCCAGCUUAUGGUCCCUGGAGAGUCGGCUUGCUUUGCGUGCGCACCACCACUUGUAGUUGCUUCAAACAUUGAUGAAAAAACCCUGAAACGAGAAGGCGUCUGCGCGGCCAGCCUCCCCACCACCAUGGGAGUGGUUGCAGGGAUCUUGGUACAAAAUGUAUUAAAGUUUCUGUUAAAAUUUGGGACUGUCAGUUUUUACCUCGGAUACAAUGCCAUGCAGGACUUCUUCCCUACCAUGUUCAUGAAGCCAAACCCUCAGUGUGAUGACAAAAACUGUAGGAAGCAACAAGAAGAAUACAAGAAGAGGGCACCAGCGCAGCCCACGCAGGAGACUGCGCCCCAAGAGGAGGAAGAGGUAGUUCAUGAGGACAACGAGUGGGGUAUUGAGCUGGUGUCUGAGGUUUCAGAAGAGGAACUGAAGAACUCGUCAGGUCCUGUUCCCACCUUACCUGAAGGAAUUACAGUGGCAUACACAGUCCCAAAGAAGAGAGAGGAUUCUGUUUCUGAAGUAACGGUGGAAGAUUCUGGUGAAAGCUUGGAAGAUCUCAUGGCCAGGAUGAAGAAGAUGUAGACAGUGGGCUGGCACCUGCCGUGUUUCCUUGCUUGCGCUAUUACUCCCUUGGAAUUAAACAGUCAGAACUAAUAAAACUUAGUGCCACCUUGGUUGGUUCGUGAAUCAUCACUGAGUCGUUACGCUGUAUGGAACACUAGUGGUUUCUUCGUGCUUCCCUGUACAGCCUGAUCAGUACCACAACUACAGGAAGGAGAGGAGCGGGCCAUCCCAUUCCAUAACUCCCUUUAUGUAAUCCCACGUCUGUGGCCUGAGGCUCUGGACGAUAAAUAGCACAAAUGGAGGAAGGACUGUGUAACCUGCUAGCUGUGGUGACAAGUGUCUGAGUGAAUGGCUUCCUACAGUUAACCCACUCAUAGUCUGACCAGGAGUGACUUAAAACAGCCUAUAGAAUAAAAACAUGCCUCAGAUGUUUCUGGAUGAAAUAGAAGCAGAAUGCCUUCAUUGGUAGUGUAUAAACCCAUGGGUCGAAUCUUUAGGGCAAAGCCUAGAUAAACGUGAGCCGUUUUCAUGCAGACAGAAGUACAUCCAGGAGACAUUGGUUACAGUCUAACUUUCCUCGACCAAGGAGAAGGCAUUGCUCUCUGUAGCAGAAGCGUCCAGAGUCACCAUGUUACUGGAGAACACCGUCCAUACUAUACUAUACCCAUCCCAGGGCUCCUCAAUACCUGAUCUAUAAUACUGAGAUGCUAGCGAGGCUUGUCAACAACGAACUCAGACUGCCUCUGCAGAGGUGAGCAGGUAUCAAUUCCCUGCAAGGGUUCCACUUCCCAACUGUGAGCACCUCAAUUGUAAACGGAUGCCGGAUGUGAACUAUUGGUGUUUUAACCUUGAAGAUAUGGGAUGUGUCAUUAUGAAUGUCUAAAUUAUAUGUAUCGGGAAAUGUUAGCAGAAGUUAAAAGUGCCAUUCUCUCUUGUAAAAUAAAGUUGUAAAGACCAACUCA